GCAGCCCUGCUGAAUUCACAUCCGGGUCCUGUGCUGCUGCUGGUGUGCAGACAUUCGGUCCCGAACACAGCGGACCAAAACAGCGGUCAAACCUGACACUUUCCACGUUCAGGACGCUGAAUAAAUGGGAAUGAUGCAUCUCUGGUUUAAACAGAUAAGGGUGAUCCGCUCUUUCACAGACUGAAUGCAGAUCAAAACAAUCCACCAGCCUGUCUCUCUCUCACUACCGCCGCGCUCAGUUUAUAUAUUUUUCUUUCUUUUCGUCCUUCUCUUUUAUCUUGUUUUUACCUCCUCCACUACAGAACUCUCCAGGGCUCAUUUUUUAGUGGAUUUCUAAGCCGACAAAGAUGGGUGCAUUUCUGGAUAAGCCAAAGAUGGAGAAGCACAACGCUCAUGGUGAAGGCAAUGGCCUAUGUUAUGGCCUGAGCAGCAUGCAGGGCUGGCGUGUAGAGAUGGAAGAUGCACAUACUGCUAUCAUCGGCCUGCCCAACGGCUUGGACCCCUGGUCAUUCUUCGCUGUUUACGACGGGCACGCAGGAUCGCAGGUGGCACGUUACUGCUGCGAGCACCUCCUGGAGCACAUCACCAGCAACCCUGACUUCCAGGCUGGGGGCGGAGGAGGGGGUCCAGCCGUGGAGCCCAGCGUGGACAGCGUGAAAUCUGGAAUCCGGACUGGUUUCCUGCAGAUCGACGAUCACAUGCGGCAGAUCUCGGAGAAGAAACAUGGUGGUGCUGACCGCAGCGGCUCGACUGCCGUCGGUGUGAUGAUCUCACCCCGCCACAUCUACUUUAUCAACUGUGGAGACUCGCGGGGUGUGCUGAGCCGUGGAGGGGCUGUGCACUUCUUCACACAGGACCACAAACCCAGCAACCCCUUGGAGAAGGAGAGGAUCCAGAAUGCUGGAGGAUCUGUGAUGAUCCAGCGUGUCAAUGGGUCCCUGGCAGUGUCUAGGGCUCUGGGGGAUUUUGACUAUAAGUGUGUGCAUGGUAAGGGUCCCACGGAGCAGCUGGUGUCGCCAGAGCCUGAGGUGUAUGCUAUCGAGCGGUCGGAGGCGGAGGAUGAGUUUAUUGUUCUUGCUUGUGACGGGAUCUGGGAUGUGAUGGCCAAUGAGGAGCUGUGCGAUUUUGUUCGUUCAAGACUGGAGGUGACUGAUGAUCUGGAGAGGGUCUGCAAUGAAAUUGUGGAUACCUGUUUGUAUAAGGGAAGUCGUGACAACAUGAGUGUUGUGUUGGUGUGUUUCGUCAGUGCACCGAAGGUUUCCCCUGAAGCUGUCAAAAGGGAAGCAGAGCUUGAUAAAUACCUAGAGGGCCGAGUUGAAGAGAUCCUGAAGAGGCAGGGGGAUGAAGGUGUGCCCGACCUGUUACAUGUGAUGCGUACGUUAGCAUCUGAGAGCAUCCCCAACCUUCCACCUGGAGGAGAACUGGCCAGCAAGCGCAGUGUAAUUGAAGCAGUAUACAACAAACUUAACCCAUACAGGAACGAGGAUACACUUGGCGGGAUCUCACAAGCUGCUCUCCUCCUCUCUCCAUUCAAGGACUCUGCAUCCACGGAUGACAUGUGGUAGCCCUGCCCCUUUAAACACUGCACAGUUUACAACCCUCCAGAACCCUGCACAACAAGCUUUCCUACAGGACCCGGCACCAGAACCCUGCACAAGAACCCUCAACUACUACAGGACCAUCACAAGAACCCUACCACAGCCCAGCUCAGCUGCUCUGGAUUGUUCGGAGGAAGAAGAGGAAGGGAAUGAGGGCUCCCUCCCCUUGUUCAUAUAACGUUCCCUCUCAGUGCUAGGCAAUGGUACCUUCUGGAAAUUUUCUGCAUACUCUUCUGUCCUGAAUCAAUCUUUUCCUCAAAUCCUUUUAACUUUAACAUCACCCUCUUAAAAAAAUCCAACACAUUUAAUUUUUAUUUUUUUGGUGUAAUUAAUUUGAUUCACGUUUCCUUGUGUGUUUGUAUAUUUCAGCUUUUAUUUCUGUGAAGUGCAAUUGUCUUGUACAAAGAAAAGCCUGUAUUAAAUGCAGCUUGAUUUUGUAGUUUAUAGAAAAAAGACAAAAAUGGCACACCUUUAUGCCCUGCCUGCUUUAGUUUCCUCUCCAACAGCUGAAGCCCAACUGAUCUGCCUCCCUAUUUCCUUUCACUUCUUUCUUUUUUUUUUUUUUUUUUUAAACUAAAUAUAACUUUUUGUAUUGUUACUUUUUAAGUGAAACGGGUAAAUGAUAUGGGCUCACAGCACAGUACAGUAAGCUUUUUCGUAAAUCUCACAGCACAGAUGACAGUAAUCGGUAUGUUCUCUCAGUACUACUGUUUUUCUUUUUAUGGUGGGGUGGGUAUUUUAUUUUUUAUUUUUUUUAUUAUUUUACUUUUUUGAGGAAACCGCUUUAAUUUACUUAAUCUAAGCUGAAAUUGUUUGUGUGAAUGAGAAUCAAUGGUUUUGUGUGUGUGUGUGUGAGUGAGUGAGUGAGUGAGAGUCUAUUACCUGACGUGCUAACUCUGAAUAUCUCUCUUAUCAUCAACACUAGGACUAUUCUCUACAGUGUUCUGCACUACCGCAGCUCUUGAUUUUAUUUUAUUUUUUAAGAUUAAGUUGGUCUGGGAGCAUCUUAAAGGAUCUCCUGCACUUGCUGGAAAAAAAAGGAAUUGUUAAGAAGUACUCAGAACUGGGACAAGCCCAAUUAAGUGCGUUUAUGUAUGUGCUUGGUUGUCAGUGCAUAUGGUCUGAACGGGUGUUUGAGAUUGCAUGUUUGUUGUGUUUAAAAUGAUGUGGGUUUAAUGGGGAUAUUUAGGCUUUUGACACAAAUAUAUAAGGCUUUAGCUAUAGUGCUCAAUCACCCAUCUGCACUGCUGAGAGAGUGAUGAGUGAAUGCUUUCUGAAAUUAACACUCCUCAGAUUUUUCUUUGACAUAAACCAUUCACUUCAUCUCGUGCUGAUUUAAAUGUUAUCCGUUUCUUAUUUUUUGGAUGUGGUGAUUUUUUUUUUUUCUCUUCAAAGAACAAAUACAGUGUGAUGCAGUAAGCUGGCCUGGUUUAGGCCAGAGCCUGCAUGUGUUCCUCUGACCAAUAGGGAGCGCAACAGAGUACUGUUUGCUGCUAAAGUGUGUGAUCGAAUCAUUCUUUCAUUCAUUUGAAUGCUCUUAGUUUAUAUUCUCCUGCACCUUUUCCCCCAGUGCUGUAUGUAACGUAGUUCUAAAUUCAUUUGAACUGUUGUCUGAAACGUGAAAUGGUAAAAUCACCCCCUUUUGUGCUUACUUUCCCAGACUAUGGAAUAGAUUAUAUGAACAGGAGUUCCCUUGCAUCUGAUAAAUAUAAAUGAGUUUUAAAUGCAUUUUUUUCAGUCUAAAUCUGUAUAUUUGCGUACUAAAAAAAGGGUAGGUAAAAUGAUCACUUCAUUUUCGUGAACCUCACAGGGUGAUUUAUUAAGAUAAUAUUGUAACUAAAUGACAAUCUAACAGUGUUUAGCUAAUGUAAAAGGAAAAAUCUCCCUUUAUCCUCUCUGCUUUCAGCUUGUGUUAUAACACGGGCAUAAAGAUCAUUGUGUUUGUUUGUGGAA